ACAGCAUAUACGACUCGAGUACACGUUAUAUGCUUUUUGACACCUACGGCAUUGUUCUACGUUACCGCUGGUUUAGAUGUGGGGAGAAUUUGUUAUGCACCUGAUCAAUGCAUCGGUUUUCCUGUGCGUGCUGCGCGGGGUGUGUCGGAUUUAGAUCAACGUACAGAUAAUGUGUGUGUUUCGUUAAUAACAGUAAAAAUGCCCCUCGUCGUAAUAACUGGCUUCCCUGCAUCGGGCAAAUCACAAAGGUGUUCGGACUUGUCAAGUUAUAUGAAAGAGUCUUUUAAGGGAAAAGUUGUGAUCAUAUGUGAGCAUGAUUACAUUUCUACCAAGGACUCCACAUACUCAUCACCACAAGUUGAGAAGGAUGUGCGUGCAGCAAUGAAAGGUGAUGUUGUUAGGCAAAUAUCAAAGGAUGACAUAGUGAUCCUGGACGGCCUCAACUACAUCAAGGGGUACAGAUACGAGCUGUUCUGCAUCAGCAAGAACUGCCGGACGCCGCAGAUGACCCUGCACUGCGCCAUCAGCGCCGAGGAGGCCUGGCAGCGGGACCUGGCGCGCCCCGCGUCGGAGAGGUACGGCCGGGCCUGCUUUGACGCGCUGCUGGCGCGGUACGAGGAGCCGGACAGCCGCCACCGCUGGGACAGCCCGCUGCUGACCGUGCAGCCGGACGAGCCCACGCCCUGCGCGGACGUCCUGCGCGCUCUGCUGGACGCCCCGGCGCCGCGGCCCAACCAGUCCACACAGAACCCGUUGCUGGCGCCCACCAACUUCCUGUUCGACCUGGACCGCCAGACGCAAGAGGUGGUGAAGGCCAUCAUGGCGGGUCAGCAGGCGGCCGUGGAGGGUGACAGGCUGAGCCUGCCCAUGACCCCGGAGCGGUACACGGUGUCGGCGCAGCUGACCCUGGCGCAGCUCAGCCGCGCCCGCCGCCAGUUCGUCUCCUACAUCAAAACGCACCCUGCCCAGCCGGGAAGCGUGGCCACGCUGUUCGUGCAGUACCUCAACAAAACGGACCGGUGACAGACGGCCGCGUCCGACCCGGCAACAUCACCGCCCAUUUGUGUCGUACGCCGUGACGGUUUUAUCAGAGUGACGUCGAUGGCAUGCGACCUGUAUUGCUGUGCAGACAAGGAGCUCCGAGAGCUCCACAUCUCCCCGCGUUACAAUACACGCACG